AAAAUAGUUGCAGCAGCGUUUUCGAUCCACCGAAUAGACGAGCAGGACUGAAUUUUUUCGCCAGUAAUUGAUAUAAAAACGCUAUUCUAAGCACCAUUGAAAUCGACAGGAACGCAUAAAAAGAUGGUUGUCAAUUAUGACUUUUAUAUCACUUGUCUAGAUGACCCAGAAUGGGAAAAAAGGAUACUUAAAAAACUUCAGAAUAAAGGAUUCAUGGGUUACCAUAAGGGGAAAUUUCCUCUUGGUGGCAUGAAACUUAGAAGCAGGUGCAAUGCUGUCCAAAGUCAUAGAGUCAAGAUUAUUGGGUUUGUGUCCCCAUCAGUGAGAAAAACAGACAUGGACACAUACACUGCAGCCUUAGCACUUGAAUUGGGUAAACUUGAUGAUGAUCAUAUCAUAUGCGUUAGGGUUACAAAAGAUGCAGUAAUUCCGAAGGAAUUCUCUGUUCUUGUAACUGUUGAAUGCUCGGAUGAGGAGGAGCUAUGUGAAGGCAUUGCUAAGUGUAUAACAAGCGUGAAUUGUGGAGGGUCUGUAAGAGAUUCAAUAGAUACAAGGAUGCAAGGGCAAAACCAGCAAAUAGGUGGCCAUGAUGAAAUAGAUGUUGCGCGUGCAGCAGAAGCAAGCAGAGGUAAGCACAUACAAAAAAACUACAACUCUACUACACUGAAGAAAAUGGCUGUUAAUGUAUUGGCUAAUCGCAUGUGGUAUAUUGGUGAUCUCGAUCACUGCAUUUACAUUGGUGAAUAUUUACCCAGAAAUAAAAGUGCCACUAAUGUAUUGGCUAAUCGCAUGUG